UCCCUCUCCAUGGACCUGCAAGCAGACAGUGCCUUACAGGUGGAGAUCUCUGAUGCUGUGAGCGAGCGAGACAAGGUCAAGUUCACUGUUCAAACCAAGAGCUGCCUCCCUCACUUCGCCCAGACUGAGUUCUCAGUGGUGCGGCAGCACGAGGAGUUCAUCUGGCUGCACGACGCCUAUGUGGAUAACGAGGACUACGCCGGCCUCAUCAUUCCCCCAGCCCCUCCAAGGCCCGAUUUUGAGGCAUCUCGGGAAAAGCUGCAGAAGCUGGGUGAGGGGGACAGCUCCAUCACCAGGGAGGAGUUUGCCAAGAUGAAGCAGGAGCUGGAAGCGGAAUACCUGGCGAUCUUUAAGAAGACAGUGGCCAUGCACGAAGUCUUUCUGCAGCGCCUGGCAGCCCAUCCCACCCUGCGUCAAGAUCACAACUUCUUCGUCUUUCUGGAAUAUGGCCAGGACCUCAGUGUCCGUGGGAAGAACCGGAAGGAGCUGCUAGGGGGUUUCCUGAGAAACAUUGUGAAGUCUGCAGAUGAAGCCCUUAUCACCGGGAUGUCAGGGCUCAAGGAGGUGGAUGACUUUUUCGAGCACGAGAGAACCUUCCUGCUGGAGUAUCACACUCACAUCCGGGAGGCCUGCCAGCGGGCAGACCGAGUCAUGCGCUCCCACAAGUGUCUGGCAGAUGACUAUAUCCCCAUCUCAGCUGCACUGAGCAGUCUGGGAACGCAGGAAGUCAACCAGCUGAAAACGAGCUUUCUCAAGUUGGCUGAACUCUUUGAACGACUACGGAAGCUCGAGGGCAGAGUGGCCUCUGAUGAGGACCUGAAGCUGUCAGACAUGCUGAGGUACCAUAUGAGGGACUCCCAGGCUGCCAAGGACCUGCUGUACCGGAGGCUGAGGGCACUGGCUGACUACGAGAAUGCCAACAAGGCCCUGGACAAGGCCCGCACCAGGAACCGUGAGGUGCAUCCUGCAGAAAGUCACCAGCAGCUGUGCUGUCAGCGCUUUGAGCGCCUCUCCGACUCAGCCAAGCAGGAGCUUAUGGACUUCAAGUCCCGCCGCGUCUCCUCCUUCCGCAAGAACCUCAUUGAGUUGGCAGAGUUGGAGCUCAAACAUGCCAGGGCCAGCACCCUGCUGCUCCAGAACACCCUUGUUGCCCUCAAGGGGGAUCUUUAG